AUGCCUAGACCGCGCAAGAACGCCGGCUGGUCGCUCGCGAAGAAGACGUUCCUGAAGAAAAAAAAGAAGCGGACGCCGCCGCCGCGCGCGAGCUCCGACGACGACUCCGACGACGAGGACUUCGCGCGGCGCCUCGCGGCAGCGCGCGCGGCGCGCGAGCAGCAGCAGCAGCAUCCCGACGCCAGCAGCAGCGACGACGAGGCCUGGCAGGACGCGCGGCGGCGGGCGGGCGCGGCGCCGGCCGCCGCGUCGCCGCCGCCCGCGCGCGGUCCGCCCGCGCGCGCGCGCCUCGCCGCGGCGGGCCCGACGACCUGGGCCGAGGCCGAGCCCCUGGACCGCGACUGGGGCCGCGGCGACGGCGUCGGGGACGGCGGGCUGCUCUGGGACGACGACGCCGAGGGGCCGGCGGCCGACGACCCGCUGGGCCUGGGCCUGCGCGGCGGCGGCGCCGCGGCGGCCGACUUCGACGCCUGCGCCUACGUGCGGGACGUCUGCGGCGACGCCGCGUUCGGCGAGCUCCGGGCGGGGCGGCGCGCGCUCGGCGGGCGCCUCGGCGAGGAGGAGCGGCGGCGGCGCGGCGCCGUCCGCGAGAACCUCCAGCAGUUCCUCCGCGCGGCCGCGCGCCUCGAGCGCUUCGCGCGCGCCCUCGAGCGCCUCGGCGGGCGGGGCGUCCGCGAGAACGCGUCGAAGCCGUCGGCGAUCGUCGAGACGGCGCGCCGGCGCGUCGCGCGGCGCUUCGGGGCGCUCUGUAAGUAG